AUGAGAGAUACAACCUCAAAUCAUCGGUAUGAUAAUCCAUCAUCCAUUUAUUCCCCUACGGAACUCAUUCAUUAUUCACGCGUUUCAUGCUCGUCAUUACAAAAGGCCCUUCCAGGGACCCAAUAUAUUACCGACGAGUUUCUCGAUAACAUAUUGAACUCCGUAUUGACAAGCGAAGAGAGAAGGGAGUUUGAGUCAAAAUCUUUUCUCUCACUAUAUGAACUCAUAUCUCCCAACAAUCGAAAUAAUCGUAAUGCCAAACGUCACAAGAAUAGUUUUCUGAUCUUUAGAAAAGAUUAUCAGGCAAGAAAGGUAGCGGAGCUCGGUCCAUACGGAGGAUCUCGAGUCAAAGAAAUUUCCAACGGAGCUGGUUCCGCUUGGAAAAAAUUCUCACCAGAGGACAAAUACAUGUAUAUACAACUUUCUUUAUGCGCCAAAAAGCUGCAUAACAAAUUGUGGCCAAAUUGUAGCUCCACGAAAAAAUACGCUAAUUACGGUUACGGCGAGAUCGGCGAACAGUAUCUGACGACAUUUUUGAAAACGCCGACCAGCCGAUCACCUUCUGAUCAUGGACCAAAUUCCAAUCAAAUUCCCAAUGAACUGACAUCAAGUAAUCGCGGAAGUGCCAGUAUCACAAGUAAUAGAUUUAUCGAACGAUGUCGGUCAGGAAUUCAGUUGAACAUUAAUACUUUAUCGUCCUACGAUAAGUCGCUCGUUAACUCAAUUAAUAAGAAUGUUCGCAUUUGA